AUGAGCGAGAACGAUACAUCUAAGGCAUAUCCGUUGGCUCCUAGCGAGUUGACUACUUCUAUUCUUGAUUUAGUCCAGCAGGCUUCGAACUAUCGUCAGCUGAAGAAGGGAGCCAACGAGGCGACCAAGACUUUAAAUCGUGGAAAGUCGUCCUUCAUUGUGAUGGCUGCGGACGCUCAGCCUCUGGAGAUCAUUCUUCACAUUCCUCUGCUUUGCGAGGACAAGAAUGUUCCUUAUGUGUUUGUCCCGUCGAAGAUUGCUCUGGGCCGCGCCUGUGGAGUCACCCGUCCCGUGGUUGCCUGCUCCAUUAUUUCCGACGAGAACUCUCAGUUGAAGGAUGCGAUCAACCAUAUGAAGAUCGAGAUCGAGAAGCUGUUAAUCUAAUCAUCUGUUUAGA